AAAACCAAAACCUUUCAGUCAUCCCCUUUUUUGAUGAAUCAUUUAGUCCUACGAUUUCAUCGACAAAUAAAGUUAUCAAAUGAAUUGUAAUUACAAUUGAAAUGAUCGAAAAGGAUAUAUGAGUUAAUAUACGCUCUAAAGUUGAAAAUAUCAUACAAUAUAGUUUUCACCUAUGCAGAGCUUGAUUAUAUACCUUACAAUGAGAUUCAAUGAGAAAGGGAUAGAACUUUAUAUACUUGAACACUAACAGUAGCAGUAUUCCCAAACGUUAAAUGGAGGAAAGUGAAACUCUUUAAUUAACCACAGAACAUUACAAAACUGAAGCCAGGUCCAAGAGUUGUUACAAUUCGCUGCUGCUAUACCUUAUCAGUUACUAUCAAUAUGUGGUAUUUCUGAAAAUCUUGAAAUAGAAGGAGCUGAAGAUGACACUUUUAGAGUAUGGAUAACAGCUCCUUUUAAAUAUACUGGGAAUCACGAAAGAAGUAUCCAAACAACAGAUGCAAUGCAAGAUCACAGAGAAACACUGCAAAAUGUGCUGACAGGAAUAUUCCUAUCAGACUUCCCUUGGUUGUGAACUGUUGGCAUGAGCAUGGUAUUGCAGGUCAUUAUGCAACAGUUAGUAAAUGCCUACCUGGAGAUCAAAAUCAUGUACUGAAGACAACGCUUUAGCAGAUUCUAGGACAUAAUUUUUUUUCUAGUGCCUUCUCACAAUUCAAACCUAAGAGAAUACGGUUGACUUCCUGAAAGUAUUAAACUGUACCAUCACCAAUAAAUAUAGAAUGUUCCACUGUCCAACCUUAAUAGAAAAUUGCAAGAAUUUCAAAACAAUCUAGCAUCAGUGUGAAGAAACUAAAUCCAGAAAAACUCAGAGAUAAUAGCUAAAGUUUACGACGGCAUUCAGAUCACCCCAUACGGGUCUCCAUCAUGACACUUAUAGGUAGUACAAUAUCUACUUUAUCAUUCAUGACAGAGGUCUCUGAAUCACAAUUAACAGAUAUUCAUAUACAAACAACUCUUAAUCUAAUUGAAAUCUAUUCCAACAAAUCCAAAAAAUCAUUAGCUGCUAAAUCUCCAUGGUGAAAAUUACAGCAAAGACCAGAUUCAUUAACAAAUAUUGAGGCAAUUAAUCUAAAGAACCCCUCAAAGUUAUCUACAAAGAAUUGAAUAUCAAACCAGAAUUGAGACAAUGCAUGAAAUCAAAGAAUCCUAAUUUGAAGAUUUUCCCCUAUUGUUUUCACUCACCAAAUGUAAUUGCUCAACGCCAAAACUGCCCAAACGCAGCCUUGAUACCUUCCUUACACGUCCCCCUUCAGAGAAGCAUCAACAUCAGUCUUGAGCCCACCAAAAGGCCGCAAGAACGGAGGAAAGGCACCACCACCAGAAGCCGGCGACCCUCGAUCACCACCAUCAGACCGAUUUCGGCAAGCAAAACCCUAGAGCUAGGGGUUGUUGCCGCCAGUAGAGAGAGACGAGAACCGCAAGAAAAUAAUCAAAUACUAAUCAGAUAUGGGAAGCAUUACUUUCCUCGAAACAGGGAUUUAGUACUUGUUCCCCAAGAAACUUGGGCAUAUAAAUUGAAGCCUCAUUGCCUCAACCAUCAAAUUAAGCAAAAAAAAAAAAAAAACAAACAAACACAACUCGAUCUCUCCCUACACAAACCAAGUCAGAAGCUAGCGUGAUUAUCAUAAACUUUGAAAAUGGGAGACCUCGCCAAGCAGGACCAGAGCGUCCCCAAGCUCCCCAUCCCGGGGGAGCGAAACAUCCUGAUCACUAGUGCCUUGCCAUAUGUUAACAACGUUCCCCACCUCGGGAACAUCAUUGGCUGCGUCCUGAGCGCCGAUGUCUUUGCUCGGUACUGCCGUCUCCGGGGAUACAAUACCGUCUAUAUCUCCGGGACCGAUGAGUAUGGCACAGCAACGGAGACCAAAGCCAUGGAAGAGAAGUGCAGCCCCCAAGAGAUAUGUGACAAGUAUCACAAAAUCCAUAGGGAGGUUUAUGAGUGGUUCAACAUAAGCUUCGACCAAUUCGGCCGAACUUCCACGCCGCAGCAAACUGAGGUCUGCCAACAAAUCUUCAAGAAAUUGUUGGACAGUGAUCGCCUUGCUGAAAACACAAUCCAGCAGCUCCAUUGUGACUCAUGCAAAAGAUUCUUAGCGGACCGAUUCGUGGAGGGGACAUGCCCUACUCAAGGAUGUUACUAUGAUUCUGCUCGAGGAGACCAAUGUGACAAGUGUGGAAAGCUUUUGAAUCCCACGGAACUGAAAGAUCCUAAAUGCAAGGUAUGCAAGGAAACUCCGCGGAUUCGGGAAACAAAUCACUUGUUUCUGGAGCUCCCUUUGCUCAAGGAUAAGUUGGAAGAGUACAUCAAUAAGGCAUCAGUGGAAGGGUGUUGGAGUCAGAAUGCGAUUCAAAUCACAAAUGCCUGGCUCAAAGAGGGGCUUAAACAACGUUGCAUUACAAGGGAUCUCAAGUGGGGUGUUCCGGUUCCACACGAUGGCUUCAGGGACAAGGUAUUCUACGUGUGGUUCGAUGCUCCUAUUGGAUACAUCUCCAUUACUAAGUGUCACACUCCUGAUCACUGGGAGAAGUGGUGGAAGAAUCCCGAGGAUGUCGAAUUGUAUCAGUUUAUGGGCAAGGACAAUGUGCCAUUUCACACGGUCAUGUUUCCUUCCGCGCUUCUUGGAACCGGAGAAAAUUGGACACUCAUGAAGAACAUUAGUGUCACUGAAUACUUGAACUAUGAAGAAGGCAAGUUUUCCAAGAGUAGAGGCAUUGGAGUUUUUGGAAACGAUGCAAAAGGAACGGGCAUUCCAGUUGAAGUUUGGCGUUAUUACCUGCUGACUAAUAGGCCUGAGGUAUCAGACACAUUGUUCACCUGGGCCGAUUUACAAGCAAAACUCAAAAGUGAGUUGGUGGGCAAUUUGGGCAACUUCAUCAACAGAGUUUUGAGUUUCGUCGCCAAACCUUCAGCCAAAGGAGGAUACGGUGACACCAUUCCUGAUGCUCCACAUGCAGACUCUGAUGCCUUGACACUUGAAUUAGCAGAAAUAGUCGGUAGAUACGUCGAGCAAUACAUAGAAGCAAUGGAGAAGCUCAAACUAAAGCAAGGGCUGAAAAUAGCCAUGAGCAUUUCUAGCGAGGGGAAUGCAUAUCUCCAAGAAUCCAAGUUCUGGAAGCUCUACAAGGAGGACCGACCUCGGUGCUCCAUUGUCAUUAAAACUUCAGUAGGGUUAGUGCAUCUUCUUGCUUGCUUAUUGGAACCUUACAUGCCCUCAUUUUCUGCUAGAGUACUUGAGCAGCUAAACUUGCCUCCUGAGUCGAUCAAAUCCCUUUGUGAUGUCAAUAAAGCAAAACGGCCUUGGGAGAUCGUACCUGAUGGUCACAAGAUUGGAGAACCCAAGACAUUGUUCACAACGUUGAACGGCGAAGAAGUCGAAUCUCUGCGGAAAAAGUUUUCUGGAAGUCAAGCUGAUAGGGAAAAACGUACCCAAUAAGCUUUUAGUAUAUCUUGACAAUGAGUUUAAAUUUUAUUGUCUGAGUUUAAAUUUUAACUGUUGUACAUAAAAUCUGUUUCGUCUAUAUAUUUUGGUUUAUUCUGAUUUAGAGGCAUACUAGCUGUUAUGUGAGGUUUGAUAGGGAUCCAUCUCCUAUCUUGCAGUUUUGUUGCUUGUUCAGUAGGCACUGGGAACA